AAAGGAAAGGUGUUUGGGAGGGGCUGGGGCAGGGGCAGGGGAGGGGCAGGCCGCUGCCCCCUGAGCAGGUGGAGGCCCAUAGGCAGAGGGCCGAUAGUAAAUGGGCGAAUGACUUCCCAGGGCCCCAAGCUCCACCAGGCAUCGCUCCUGGUUUGCCUCUUACUGUUGCUGCUGUUGGUUCAAGGAGUGAAGCCCCAGAAUGGGGAUCACAAUGGGAAAGGGAGGAGCCAGAAAGGAGAGGAAGCUUCACCAAAAGGUGAGGGUGAAGAACAGCUAGAAGAGCAAUUUGUGGUUUCAUCAGUUGGAGAGAUACUACAGUUGCUGAACAUGCAGCGGUCAGAAGAGGAGGAAGAGACAGAAGGAGAGGUGGAGAUGGAAGAGAACGCAGCCGUUCGAGACCACCUCUUUGACCUGGCCUUCUGCUUCAACCUCGCCAGCAUCCUGGUUUUUUUAUGAGGGACAUGGAGGCUGAGGUCAUCGCCUGGUUUCUGGAUGAGGAACUGGACAUCUACCUCCGCUUCAUGAUUGCCUACUGAUUUCCCCCGACUCAAGGUCUACCGCACCCUGUGGAGAUGUCUGCACUGAUUUUUGCUAGCUCCCCCCUCUGGUCUUGGCCCCAGAUGGCACUUGGGAACCGGAGUCUGUUUCUGAAAUUACUGCCUGAUUUCUGCCACUAAGCCUCCUGGAUAUUACCACCCUGGGCCAGGGAUACCAUAUCCCUCUCCCCACUCUCUCUUCUUCUCUGCCCUGUGAUAGGAGUUCUCAGAGAGUUGGGGAUGGGGAGGGAAGCAGCAGCAACAGUAUUAAACCCCCAAAACAAA